AUGGCAUCUGCCACAGGAAUCCCACAGGCUGAUCCGGCUACCAUUGUCUCGCAGGAGAGCGCACCUCUGUUGGGCCGUCCUGGAGAUGCCACGCAGAGUCAGGGAGAAAGCGUCGGUCGCAACCUCAUUUCAGGAACCGCGAGUGUAGCUCAAGCUGGAGUGUGGAUUCUGGCCGUUCUCGUGUGGUCCAACGUCUUGACACAGCCCUUGGCUCUUUUCACGGCUCAUCCGCUGCUCGCGUCUUCGGGGCUGCUGCUCCAAAUCCAAGCUGCACUAGUCCUGCAACCAACGGCAACCCCUCAGCAAAAGCUACUCGGCACACGCAUUCAUUAUAGCCUUCAGCUUGUCAGCAUCACCUGCUUCCUCGCUGCUUUCAUCGUUAUCGAGGUCAACAAAGGCGACCAUCCGCACUUUGCUUCCCCGCACGGCAUUCUCGGCCUCCUCACAGUCAUCUUCAUUGCGCUGCAGGCCCUCGUCGGCGUGGUUCAGUUCUUCUUGCCUGCCACUAUCCUGGGCAGCGUGGAAACCGGUAAACAAAUCUACAAGUACCACCGCUGGGCCGGAUAUGUUCUGCUAUUGCUGGAGAGUGCGACUGUCGUGGCGGCGACACGGACCGACUACAACUUAGCAGCCAUCGGCAUUCCAACAUGGCUAGUUGUUAUCGCUCUUCUCGUCACUCUAUCGGGAAUCGGCGCCAGGGUCAAACCGUAUAAGCUGGGACUGUGA